AUGGUGCCGCCCGGCCCGACGAGAACUUUGAUAUACGGCAUCUUUGCCGCCGCACCGCCGCUUGGUGGCCUUGUGGGAGCUUUAUUCGCCGGCCUCUGUGCGGAAUGGGAGGGCAUGUGGAGCUGGACCGUUCUCUUUGGCGCAUUAGGUCUCAUUCCCGUGGCGAGCGCUAUCGUCCUGACUUUUAUUCUGCGCGAAGAGCGCCCGAUUGACCCAAAAGGCAAGCUCGACAUGUUUGGAGCUUGUUUGGGUCUGUCAAGCUUGCUGCUCUUCAACAUUGCUUGGAGUCAAGCACCUGCUGUCGGGUGGUCGAUGCCUUCUGAAAUUGCAAUUCUCACCGUGUCUGUUGUUGUCUUUGUCGCGUUCCUAUUGUGGGAGCAAUAUGUUGCCUCUGAGCCCAUCAUGCCACUCAACAUCUUUCGUGUGCCAACAUUUCUCUCCAUGAUCUUUGUCGUCCUCUUCAGCUACAUGUCUUUUGGCAUUGCCCUCUGGUACUCCAUUUCAUGGCAACAGAUUCUGCGACAACUCUCUGUUCUGCAGAUUGCCGUAAACCUGAUCCCGUUUGGGCUCGGUUCCACCGCCGCCGUCGGCCUCGCCGCCUACCUCCUACCCCGAGUCGAGGCCAAGCUGGUCAUGGCGGUUGGCGUCGUUGCCGUCAUCGGAGCCAGUCUUCUUCUUGCCACCAUGCCGAUGCAGCAGACUUACUGGGCGCAAGUGUUCCCCGCGAUGCUGCUCUGCGGCUGCUGCCCCGACUUUGUCUACUUGGCUGCCCAGGUGGUUGCCAGCAACAGUGUCACGCGCAAGCACCAGGGCAUCGCGAGCAGCCUCGUCGGCACGCUCAAUCUGUACGGCAUCAGCCUGGGGCUGGGAUUCGCCGGCACGAUCGAAGUCGAGGUGGGCAAGAAGUUCCCACGGCCGGGCGCCGCCGCGACGAUGGAGUCCAUCAUGUCUGGCUUCAAGGCUGCGCUGUACUUUAGUGCCGCGUUGGCUACAGUAGGAAUGAUUCUGGACUUUGCGUUCGUUAGAGUCCCCAAGGUGGACCGCCAUGGCUGGGGCGAUGAAUCUAUUGAGGAUGUACCUUUGGGAGCCAACGAGGUUGCGGUGAUGCUUACGGGCUUGCAGGCAAAUACUGCGAGGCUAGGCUAA